AAUGUUUGACCAAUCAGAGCAGCUGUAGUUGGAAGCCUGUCGAAUGCAACCUGAUUCGAAAAUAUGGCGGAUAAAAAGACGUCUACUCAAAGACAUUCAGUCAAAACACAAGAUUCCAUGCGGGAACGGCUAGAGAAAUGGCGUCAAGAAAAGCAACGAAAGAGGGAAGUUCAAAACACUGCGAACAACAGAGCAACGACGAGCGGAUUGAAAAGAACGUUGUUAGCAUCGAAGGAGAGAAGGAAACCUCUCCAAGUUAGCAAUGCAGUCCCAAAACCGCCUUGUACUUGUAAGCCCGAAGUAUCAGUACAACAUCGGAGGGCAGAAUCGAUGACAAUGACGAGUUCCACGAAGAAAAAGAACGUUGGAAAUAUCACCAACAUGGGCAAGAAUACUACAAGAGACGGGCAAAACGGCAAUUUGCAGAGGUUGAGUGAAAGAAUCCAAGCUGCCAAUGAAAAGAGGGACAGCUUAGUGAAAUCAAAUAUGUACAAAAAGGAAAAGGCAAUGAAUAAGAAACCAGCCCCAAAGAUUUCUAAGGGCAUGACUUAUACUAAGCCAAAAGAAGUGAAAAAGAAGCAAUCAGACAAUGCAAGAAAACCAGACAAAAACUUAACACAUAACCCAACUAAAAAGAUCCAGGCAUUGAAAAGAUCUAGUCCAACCAGUUUGUCUUAUCCACAAAAAGAUUGGCUAAGCAAGAAACCAAAGAACCAAGAUAUUCACACAAGGUACAAGCAGCAAAGCUUCGAAUCAAAGAAAAACAUGUUUCAUUUAAAGAAAGAACAAAAACAGCUACUGGAAAACCAAACCCAAGUUGUUAGUGAUCCCGGGUGGAAUGCAGAAAUAAAGGGAACAGCAUCAGCAUAUUUCCAAGUCAACAAUGAAAUUCAGCAAGAUGAAAACACAGAGAGUACAUCUCAGAAAGAUGAAAAUAUUGAGAGCACAUGUCAGAAGAGUACAUCUCAUCAAGAUAAAAAUAUCAAAAGUACAUCUCAACAAGAUAAAAAUAUCAAAAGUACAUCUCAGCAAGAAGUGAAGGGUGUUGACAUGGAUAAUCCUUUCCCUGUGCACGUUGCUGUUUCUCAAACACCAGCUGCGGUGAGGUCAUACAUGAACAAGUCCAUGUCCAUGAGAGAGCGCCUGGAAUUGUGGAGACAAGAAAAGGGAAAAACACCCAAACCUCCCAAAACACCAUCAACUGCAAAGAGAGCAAGACCCUCUAGCUAUGUGAUGCAGGGACCAUUUAGUGAUGGUUCAAGCAAGAAAGCCCUUAACAAGAGCUUCCAGGAAAUCCCAGACCUGGAUGAGUUUGAAACCAUGAGCUGUGAUAAUGUUGAGAAACAGCCUAUCUCCGAUAAGCUGAGAGAGAAACUCCAAGACUGCUAUGAUAGGCUCCUCAAGGACGAACACUGUGAUGAAUCCGUGGCCUCUGAGUUGGAUGACCUGCAGGGCUUGUACGCAUGCGCGUUGCUGUGUGCAGAGUUCUGGGUUUGCCGGGCAAAGAUUGCUGAGCGCCAAGGGGAUGACGGGAGAGUUGUGUGCUUCUUCGAACAGGCGCUGGUCUUUAGGGCAGAGCCUGAGUCUCUACUGAAGAACGCGGUAACCGAGUACAUGGCCAAGAAGAAGGGACAUCAGCAAGUUAUUGAUCAAGAUGACGAGAUCGUAUUUUCUCUUCCUGAUGACGAAAAAGAUGCUCCACCGCCUAACGUCCAGACCCCCGAUCCGGCUGCUCGUCCAAAGGCACCUACUGUUGAUGACGUUCCUUCCUCGGUGGUCAAGUAUAGCGUCACUAAGGCAACGCCAUUCAAAAGCAGACUGCAGGCAUGCGAGCGUUCGGUCAUCACCCCAGUGCGGCGGUCUGCAAGACUCGAAAGACGCAGCAUCAGCUAUCCCGCCAUGCUCCAGGAUCACGACCUGGUCGUUGCCAACCUCGGUGAUCUAUCGGAAGAUACUCGGAAGGAAGCCGUCUACAAGCCGAACUUCGCCGUCGAGGCCGAGCUCAAUGAGGCUUGGAAGGAAAUGUGGGAAGCUGAGCUCUGAUGUUUUGUGUUUGUACCAUGUUCGCGAUCAAAUCGGAAGACCGUCGGAUAAUAUUCUUUUACCCGUCUAAAAGCAAGCUCAGUUUGUCUUGCGGAAAAUCGGAUGAUCGUGUAAAGUAGAGUUUUUGUACAAUGGAAUGGUCCAUAUUUUAGUAUGUACAGGUUUCAAAAAAGGAAGGUAACGUUUAGUUAGCGUUGGAUGUCAAUGUUAUAGGUUUUCCUUAAUGGUAUAUGUUAAUAUGUGUUAAUAUGUUUAUAUAUGUUAAUUCAAGUCUAUGUGGGUUCUGGUAUCAGUUGCGCCCUCACUCAUCAGGGUCUACACGUCAUAAAAGAGGACUUGAUGUAUGUUAGACAUAUAAUAUUGUAGUACCACCUAAACUCUUAGAAUUUUUAAACUAUUAAAAUAGUUUUUCUGUUAAUAAGAUUUUUCUUAUGGUUGUUGUAAAUAAAAGCCUGCUGGCUGUUGUUAUUUUAGCUUAGAAAAUAAGACGCGAACCAGAAAAAUAGGGCCUUGGAAGGAAUAGGAUUUUUGGAGGAUUUUUAAUACGUUGUAUAAUUCCAUGAAUAAAAUACUCUAAAGAUUUCUUA